GCCCUGCGUGCUGUGUAGCCGGCGCUGCCUGCUUGCAGAUGCAUUCAUUUCCACUGGGCUGAGGCUAAUCGGAGCUGAUGCUUGUUUGUUUGGAGAGGCCGGGUGCCCAGUAGCUGUUUCAACAAAGGCGGGGGCUGAGCUCCAAGGGGGUUGCUCCUCUCCAGGCGCUUGGGGCUACAGUUGGCAGGGGGCAGGUCUGGGAUCUUCCUGCUCCCUACAACACCUCCGGCCUGAAGCAUGUGGCGGGUUGGGGAUCCCAUUUCCACGGCCCUCUAGGUGGGGGGGUGGCCUGCACUCCCUGAGGGCUGGUGCCCCUUCCUGCAGAUGGCACAAGCCACAUCCCACGCUGUCCCCCCGGCCCUGGGCAGGCAGCCUCCAGGUGAGGCCUGGGGCUGCAGGGGGCAUGUGGGGAGCCCUGGACAGAGCUGCUGGCUGGGGGGGGGUCCAUGCAAUGCUCUGUGUGUGGGGCUCAAGCCUCUGCCAUGCCCACCCACGGGGCUCUGGCUCUGAGCCUAGGCAUGCAGAGGACUCUGCCCUGGUGAUGGCUGCCUGGGAUGGCUUCAUCACCUGGGGAGAAGUCCAGCGGGUGCUAAGACCACAGGGUUUGUGUGGGGUUGCUCCGCCUCCACUAACCCCUGUCCCACACAGGUUCCUGCGGGGCGACUACACCGUCCAGCUUGCCAUCAAUGACUACCUGGACAUCUACUGUCCCCACUACGAGCAGCCACUGCCUGUGGGCCAGCCCGAGACCUUCACUCUCUUCAUGGUGGACCUAGAGGGCUACCGGGGCUGCCACGAGACACCCGGCGCCUUCAAGCGCUGGGAGUGUGCCCGGCCCCACGCCCCCUUCGGGCCCGUGCGCUUCUCUGAGAAGAUCCAGCGCUUCACGCCCUUCUCACUGGGCUUCGAAUUCCAGCCAGGGGAGACCUACUACUACAUCUCCAUCCCCUCGCCGGACAGUGCCGGGCGGUGCCUGCGGCUACGGGUCUUCGUGUGCUGCAAAGUGACAACCACAAAGCCCGUGACGGAAGUUCCCAGAUCGCAGCCACGGGGGCGAGGGGAGCCAGGGGCCCCUGGCCUUCCUGCUCCCAGCCGUGCAGCCCCCUCCCGGCUCCGGGGCCAGGGCCCCUGCCUCAGCCUCGCCUUCCUUCCCCUCCUGUGGAUUUGAGCCUGCUGCUGUCAGCAGAGGGAGAGUUCCUCUGAGACCCCCCCAAGACGCUCCCCCCUGGAUUGGCUGCUCUGCUCUGCCAGUCGUGCGCAGGCUGCUGUGACUGGCCCUCGGGCCUGCACCCCACAACACCCUGGGGAGUUGCCAGUGCCUGGGAGACUGGUGCCUGCACGCCCCCCAGAAGCCCUGCCCAGACUGGACCGGACUGCCUCAUGGCAGGGGCUCCCCAAGCUGCCCUAGAAACUCCAGCAGCAGUGCCCUGCGGGGCAGGGCCCCCCCUCCCGAGCCUCCUGGAAGGCCUGGAGGCUGCCCCCAGCACGGGCCUGUUGCAUCUCGUCCUCGGCUGAGGACGCCCAUGUGUCUUCCGCGAAGACCUGCUCCGCCGUGUGCGCGGGGUUUCUGAUCCAUGUCAAUAAAGCAUUUGCAGGACCUGGGGCAGUUCCCACCUGGCCCUGCUCUGCUGCCCUGGGGGCCCGGACCUGGGCUGCUGGUUGCGGGAGCCCUGCCGCUCUCCCCGACCCCUGGGCCAGGGCCUUUCACUGUAGUGCUUGGCUCUCUGCCUCCCCUCAUGCCGGGAAAGCCGUGGGGGAUCUCUGGUGGGCGGAAGCAGCUGCUCGGAGCCCC